AAAUAAUUAGUUACCAUACCUAAAAGUUUUACCAAAAUAUUUUACCUGUUUUAAAAGUAAAAAAAGAAUUGCUUUAUGAUGCUCUUUAGUUAGCUACCCAAAUAUCCUCAUCUGAAAAAGAAACACUUCGGACAAAAUGGAGAAAAUUGAGCACUCGACGGUCACCACAAACGGAAUAAACAUGCACGUGGCGUCAAUCGGGACCGGUCCGACGGUCUUGUUCCUCCAUGGCUUCCCUGAGCUCUGGUACUCCUGGCGCCACCACAUGCUCUCUCUCUCCUCAUUGGGUUUCCGCUGUAUAGCCCCCGAUCUCCGUGGUUACGGUGACACUGACGCGCCGCCGUCUCCGGAGUCUUACAGUGUUUUACACAUCGUUGGCGACCUGAUCGGCCUUCUGGACCAUCUGGGUAUCAACCAAGUCUUGUUGGUUGGCCAUGAUUGGGGAGCUUUCACUGCUUGGUACUUAAGCUUGUUCAGGCCUGACAGAGUAAAAGCUAUGGUGAUCCUAGGUGUUGCUUACUUUCCCAGGAAACCUGAGAUGAGUUUCUUUGAUGGGUUAAGGGCUUUCUAUGGGGAUGAUUUCUACAUGUGCAGAUUUCAGGAACAAGGAGAGAUUGAAAAAGACUUUGCUUCUGAUGACACUGCAUCAGUACUAAGGAAACUUUAUACAUCUUUUGGAUCAACACCUUUAAUCAUACCAAAAGAAAAAGAUGGAGGAUUCAAGAGUAUAAAAGCUCCAGAUACAUUACCCUCUUGGGUUUCUGAAGAAGUCAUCAAUUACUAUGCCAAUAAGUUCAACCAGACAGGCUUUACUGGAGGAUUAAACUAUUAUCGAGCUUUCAACUUAUCAUGGGAGCUCCUGGCACCUUGGACAGGAGCACAGAUAAAAGUUCCGACGAAGUACAUAGCGGGGGAACAAGAAAGCACCUACCUUUUCCCAGGCGUUAAGGAAUACAUAGAAAGUGGUGGCUUUAAAAAAGAUGUGCCAUUGCUGGAAGAAGUGGUUAUAAUGGAAGGUCUGCCUCAUUUUAUUAACCAAGCAAAACCAGAGGAGAUUAGCACCCUUAUAUAUGAAUUCAUUAAGAAGUUCUGAGUUAAAUUAUGAAUUCAUUAAGAAGUUUCGAGUUUAAUUUGCUUGAAUAAUCCAUGUAAAAUAGAGCAGUCAUGGUACUUAAAUCAAAUAAAUUUCUGUUAAUUGUACUUUUAGUAGCUUGGACAUCAACUAAUUGUCAUGAGUGUUUCAGCAAAAAAAAAAAAAUAAAUAAAUAAAAUAAAAUAAAAAAUAAUUGUCAUGAGUGAA